UCUUGUCCAGACUGUGCCAUGGAUCAUGUGCUGAACAUUGCUGAUAGUUACAUCUUCACUCCGUAUGUUUACCCGGCCUCGUGGCCUGAGGAUGGGGCUCUGCGUCAGAUCAUCAGCCUGUGGGUGGUGACCAACCUGGGGGCAGUGCUGAUUUACCUGGGCUUUGGUGCUCUCAGCUUCUACUAUGUGUUUGACCAUAAGCUCAUGAAACAUCCACAGUUCAUCAAGAACCAGCUAAGAAAAGAGAUUCAACUGUCAGUGGUCUCCAUCUUCUGGAUGAGCUUCCCCACAGUGGCCAUUUUCUUCCUGGAGGUCAAGGGAAACAGCAAACUUUAUGACAACAUCAGCGAAUCUUCUCUGGGCUGGCCUGGGUUGUUGCUGAGUAUCGCUGGUUUCUUGUUCUUUACUGACAUGUGUAUCUACUGGAUACACCGCUCCAUGCACCAUAAGAACAUCUACAAGCACUUACACAAGCAGCACCAUACAUUCAAGAUCCCUACGCCUCUUGCCAGCCAUGCCUUCCACCCAGUGGACGGCUUCCUGCAGAGCUUACCCUAUCACGUCUACCCAUUCAUCUUUCCCCUGCACAAGGUGGUCUACCUCUCACUCUUUGUCUUUGUCAACAUCUGGACCAUUUCCAUACACGACGGAGACUACCGCCUCCCCGGCCCCCUGAUAUGUCUGAUCAACGGCGCUGCGCACCACGUAGACCAUCAUCUCUUCUUCAACUACAACUACGGACAGUACUUCACGCUCUGGGAUCGUCUGGGGGGCUCCUACCGGCACCCGUCGGCCCUGUUGGGGAAGGGGCCACAUGACCACGUUCGCAAGCUCAUGGCAGAGGUUGCACACAUACAGUGAUGACGGAGCUACAUUCAGGAUGUUCUUUACUGGUUUAAACUUCCCCAGGGAGGUUCCUACAGAGAUUCCUCAUCCUGGGUCACUAUGUAAAGAGACAGUGCUUGUGCUAUCAGAUGCAGAACCAGCCACCAGCAACUGUAAGCCAAAUGGAAAAUGUUAAAUACAACAAAAUUUAAGGCAGUUUUGGAGGGAAUUAUAUUUUCCCUAAAUAUCUUUGCAUACGAUGGAUAAAUACACUGCCUAGAGAUAAGUAGGCUGGAAAUAAGACUGUACCAUUGUGCCAAACUGAAAUGUUCAUAUUAGUUGCUAUUCCUUCACUACUUAUCGAGUUUAUAGAUCUUUUGUGUCGGUCUGAGAUAACCUUGAGAAAAUAGUUUGAUUUUCAAAGACUUUGAUCUGACUGACAGGAAUGUAUUCUGUAUUUAUCCAACUGCCAACUCGAUGCUCUUUAUGAUCACCACUUUAUAAAAUCAGGUCAAUGUUUCUAUGAUAGAAAGUGGACAGACACAUUUUUCUUUUCACACAGAGCACACACAGUAUGUGCAAAUACGUGAAUGUCCACAGCCCUCACUUCCUGAAUUCAGCACAAAAUAAGAAUAAACUUGAAGGACAUUGAAUGUAACUCUUUUCCAUUUAUGUUAUUAUGAAGUUGUUGUUUGACAUUCAUAUUUACAAG